AUGUACACGUCUUCGUGUGAAUGGAGCCCUGGUCUCUGAUCCAUCACAACUCUUACAGGCAUGGACCCAGCACUUCCAGAGUCUUGCCAAAUCGCAAGAAGAGAAGAAUCAUGCACUAAAAGAAUCAAUCAAACAGUCAUCACCCCUGCUCUCCGCAACCUUCCAGAAGGAAGAGGUCUUUCUGGACGUUCCUUUCAGUACCGAGGAGGUAGAGCACACUGUGAACAAGAUGAAACUGAAGAAAUCUGCUGGACCGGACAAUCUCACUGCAGAACACCUGAAAUUCAGGGGUCAAACCAUCAUCACGUGGCUAACAGAGAUCUUGAACUCCAUUGUCGAUGUGGAGCGGAUCCCGUCAUGCCUCAAACUAGGAAUUACUAUCCCUGUGUACAAGGGUGGAGGCAAGGACCCCCUCAAUGCAAACAACUAUAGAGGUAUCACCCUCAAUUCAGUCAUAUCCAAAGUUUUAGAAACCCUGAUUCUCAACAGAUUGGAGCCUCUCUUCAUGGAGGCUGGCUUGCCACUUGGAAAAAGCUUUUGAUUCAGUCGAGUUCCCCAUCCUUCUGAAGAGACUGUUUGACGUCGGUGUUAACUCAAAAACGUGGCGUAUACUACAAAAUUGGUACAUCGACGGUAAAAGUUC